AGUCUCCGCAUCUGCCAAAUGGAGCCAGGAUUGUCAGCUCCAAAUUCUCCACUCAGGGUAACAGCCCCGAGCUAGAGCCCUCUCCCGGCUGGACGCCCCAGGGGUGGCUUCCAGUGAACCCGCACCCCAACCCCAAGUGCGCUCGCCAUGGCCCUGUUCUUGGGAGCCGUCCUUCUAGCGCUGCUGGCAGGCGCUCACGCCGAGAUCCCUGGCUGCAAGAUCCGCAUCACCUCCGAGGCGCUGGAGCUGGUGAAGCAGGAGGGGCUGCGCUUUCUGGAGCAAGAGCUGGAGACCAUCACCAUCCCGGACCUGAGCGGGAGAGAGGGUCCGUUCUACUACAACAUCUCUGAUGUGAAGGUCACCGAACUGCAGCUCAGGUCUUCCGAGCUCCACUUCCAGCCGCAACAGGAGCUGACGCUACAGAUCACCAAUGCCUCCUUCGGGCUGCGCUUCCAAAGGCAGCUUCUUUACUGGUUCUUAUAUGAUGGGGGCUACAUCGACGCUUCGGCCGAGGGUGUGUCCAUCCGCACCGGUCUGCAGCUCUCCCAGGGUCUCGCUGGCCGCAUGAAAGUGUCCGACGUCUCUUGCCUGGCUUCCGUCUCCAAAAUGCACACGGUGUUUGAGGGAACCUUCAAGAAGCUGUAUGAGUUCUUCUCUACAUUCAUCACUUCAGGGAUCCGCUUCCUCCUCAACCAGCAGAUCUGUCCUGUGCUCUUCCAUGCAGGCACAGUCCUGCUCAACUCCCUCCUGGACACUGUACCCGUGCGUAGCCCUGUGGAUGAGCUCGUUGGCAUCGACUAUUCCCUCCUGAAGGAUCCCGUGGUGUCCAACAGAAACUUGGACAUGGAGUUCCGGGGAGCCUUCUUUCCCCUGGCUGAGGGCAACUGGAGCCUCCUCAACCGGGCAGUGGAGCCCCAGCUGCAGGAGCAGGAGCGGAUGGUGUACAUGGCCUUCUCCGAGUUUUUCUUUGACUCAGCCAUGGAGAGCUACUUCCGGGCAGGGGCAUUGAAGCUGUCGCUGGUGGGGGACAAGGUGCCCCACGACCUGGACAUGCUGCUGAGAGCCACCUACAUUGGGAGCAUCUUCUUGAGCCCUGCAGUGAUCAACUCGCCACUCAAGGUGGAGCUGUACGUCACCACCCCACCGCGCUGCACCAUCAAGCCUUCAGGCACCACCAUCUCAGUCACAGCCAGCCUCACCAUCGCCUUGGUCCCGCCCAACCAGCUUGAAGUCCAGCUAUCCAGCAUGGUCAUGGACUUGGGGCUGAGUGCGAAGAUGGCCCUCCAGGGGAAGGCGCUGCGCAUAAAGUUGGACCUGCAUAAAUUCCGAAUCUACUCAAACCAGUCUGCCCUGGAGUCCCUGGCUCUGAUCCCGCUCCAGGCUCCCCUGAAGACCAUGCUGCAGCUCGGAGUGAUGCCCAUGCUCAAUGAGCGUACCUGGCGUGGAGUGCAGAUCCCCAUCCCCGAGGGCAUCGACUUCGUGCACGAGGUGGUCACCAACCAUGCGGGCUUCCUUACCAUCGGAGCUGACCUCUUCUUUGCCAAAGGACUGCGUGAGGUGAUUGACAAGAAUCGGCCUGCCGCACCCAAGGAGCCUUAACACAUCCACAGCAGCUGCCUGAGCCCACAGCAGCCGCUCCUUCUAUGCCCCUGGCUCACAGCCCCUAGCAUCCCUGCUAACCUCCAGGGCCACAAACAAGGAAGGCUUCCAAGCUGUA